AUGGCUGAUCAAGAUCAACAUGGGAGCAAAAAAGGAAAAACGUCAGGAGACAGUGAGACCAUUUAUGGACCUAUUCUUCUCUCUGCAUACCCAUCAGGGAUAGAGAACCUUGAGGCAGUCAUCGCAGAAAACAAGUCGCUAAGGGCAAACUUCAUGAAUGGACACAAUUCGGACCCCAUCAAACUUGCCCAUUCCCUCUACCCCCAGGGGGUCAGAAUACUUGAAAAGGAUACUUUGUUUUCAAACAAGUAUAAUCCAGCGACAAGAAAGAAAAAAAAAGAUCCUCUUGAACCAAACCAGCACGAGCCAAUGACAGUCUCUGACAUCUUUAGAUCGUUUGCUGUCCUUUUUAAAAAGGAUAUGGAGAAGGUUGGACUAUCAGUUGACUGGAACAAAAGCAAGUCGCCCCCCUGGUUUGCGCCGCUGGCUGCGCUGGAAGGCAAUUCAAAUGUAGUUGGAGAAGUGAGAUUCGACAACAAGUAUUCUAUCCAAUUUUUCUGUACACGUUGCCGGGAAGCAAAACGCUUUGGGCUGAUUGCCAACUGUCGUUUUCGGCACAAACCAGAUGAAAAGAUUGGAGAUAAUAUCUCCAUUUUACCACCAGCUACAGUUCCCCUUGGAUCGUUUUUGAUGACCGUGGACGAGAUCUACUAUCACUCAUCAGAGUGCGACCAUGAUCCUUCCGCAGCCCUUGAAAACUAUAUAGACCACACCUACUGCAAGCUGUCCUUGCCAUUUGAAUGGAUAUUUGGUGAUCGCUACGAUGAUUCUGUCCGGGCAAUCAACAAUCACCCUAGGCCAGUCCCUCAUUGGAGCCAGUUCCUUGAGGCAGAAGAUCAAAACACCCUUCUGUCAGACCUCCUCGCAAGACAAGUUUCGUCAAACAAAGAUGCCAGUUGGGUCAACUUCGGGGAACCAAUUGACUUUGGAAAUCCCAAUUACCUAUUUGACGAUUGUGGGUAUCUGCUCCUCCCCGGACGCCCACUUGACCUGACACCCGAAAAGCACAGGAUGUCUAUGGCCAGAUUGUUGUACACAGUCGUGUGUCGCCUGGGUAUUGAAGAUGUGGCCUCCCCUUUUGUACUGGAUGUAGAGACAAAAUUGAAGCCAAUGUGGAAGAAAAGCAUUGUGAGCAAAUACCACAGAAAGAAUUAUCUAAACCUCUUCCGGGUAAAUGAUAAUUUUGAGGUCAAGCUAAACGAGAUUGCUGCUCUAUUUGGUGGCCUUGAAAGGGAGGUGUGUGGAAAGGAACCCAUUCAUCAGUUCUGCCAUGUCGAUCACAGCGGCCCUCUUACUGAUCGGCACAAGAAGGAUGACCCCUACUCGUUUGUGCCUGGGUCCAUUAUUGUGCCUCUUGAGGAAGAUGGUCGAGAAAUCUACAUCCGUACACCAGAGCAGAGAGUACGGAUCGAAAAGGGAGAGGCUCUCAUUUUUCGUGGCGAUUUGCCUCACGGGGGAAUCACAAGUCGAGAGGCAGGAUCGCAAAAGGUGGCCAUCCACGGGCACCUGGACUCAAUAAAAUACACAAGGGAACAGUCACUGCUUGGACUACGCAGUGGCUCGGAUCACUACCAACCCAAGGAACAUUUGAUGCUGUACGAAUUUCCCCAAAUCGUUGGGGCUGCAUGGGAACAGUAUAAAACACUAAGCGGGAUUUUUAAUGAAAUCUUCGCCCGCCGUUGUCCUGAGGUUGAGAAAUUUCUGAACAACCCUGGUGGGGUAUUGAAUGGGAAUCACAACGGCCAUGGAGAUCAAAAUUUGGAUCAGGUCACAAUGUUCAAGCAAAUUCAUUCUUUGAUCUCACUCAACAAAACCUUUGGUGCGCAAAUUCCUUCUCUAGUUCCAGCCCCAGCACCUACUACUACUCCGGCUCCAGCACCUACUACAACUCCAGCUCCAGCUCCAGCUUCAGCACCUACUACUACUACCACUACUACCACUACUACUACUACUACUGAUCCAGCCCCAGGUCCAGGCCUUAUAACUACUGAUCCAGCACCUACUACUCCAGUUCCAGAGCCUACAAAGAAACGAGCUCCACAAUCUACUACUACUACUGCUACAGCAGCUCCAAAAAAGAAACGUAGUAUUCCAGCUCCAGUAAGGAAGUCCAAACGAAUCUGCAAGAAGAAAGUCCCGACGAAUCAGCAAGAAGAACUCUAG